CGGGGUGUGGGCAGAGGGGUGGCCAGCGGUAGCAGAGGGAUUUCUGGUCUUUUCUGCGAAAGGAAGGUGGGUAGUUUGGAGAGAGACCGAGAGAAAAAAGGUGGAUGUGGAAGCCACGCAGCCGAACUCUCUCCCAUUUAGGAAACCGCGAACCGUUUGCCCAGCUUAUGCUCACGUGCCUAAUACUACUCCAGCGUCUGAGAAAACACCUUUGGGGGAAGGUCUGACUUGUCUCGAGCAGUCUCAGUGUUUUUCCUCGCCGGAUAGGGAGCUGCCUGGAUGCGAAGAGAUGGCAUGAUUUGACUGACUCCAGUGUGAAGAAAUCUUCGCCAACUCAUCCUGCAUCAAGUGCCCAUUGAGUAGCUCUGUCACUUUAAUGUCUCCAUGCCAAGGGAUUGCUUUCCUUCUUUUCAAUCCUCUCGGUUAAUACACGGGAGGAUCAGAAUCAGAGGGGCGUUAAGGAUCACGCCUGAGGGGCUUGGAGAGCACAGAAGAAAAAAAAAAAAAAUGAAAGUGACAGCAAGCUGGAUCCUGUCUCACUGAGGGGGUGAGAUCCGGAACUUCAGGUCCAGUAAAUAGAAAAGGGCCUUUCAGUCUGGGUUCUGCCCCCAGAAAACUGUCCAAACUCACCCCACCUUUUUUAGAGACCAUUAGAGAGGUUUUAAAAAGUAUUUUGGGGGAGGUAAGGGUUUUAAAUUUUUCUCUAAAGAAUUUGAGGGUCUUUAUCACCAACCAGUUCAUCUUUGAUCAUGUGUUGAGUAAUGAGACAGCUGUGUAAAUUUUUUGUGUGCCUUAAUUGAGUUAGUGAUUGAACUCCAAAGAUAUUGCUGCCUAAGGAGGAGUUUUAAUAAUGUUUUCUAUGCUUACAAUAAUUUUCUUUUUAAACAGAGUAACUAUUUUGGAAGCAUUGAAAAACUUGAAAAACUCAAAAGCUAUUUUUCUUUAAACUCCUUGGGUACUGUCAAAGUUUGUGGGAAAAAAUACAUCAUUUUUUCUUUAUUUGAAAGAGAAGACAGCCUGGAUUUCAAACAGCCAAGGGGUUUGCAACAGUUACCUGGCCCUUGGCCUCCAUCCAGCUGGAUCAAGUUGAGACCUGAAAAGAGUUCUUGAAUCCUGUGGCACUGGAAAGACCCAAGAAUGCCAGUCAAGAAGAAAGAUACUGACCGAGCUUUGUCAUUACUGGAAGAAUACUGCAAAAAUUUGAGGAAACCAGAGGAGCAGCAGUUGAAAAAUGCUGUUAAAAAGGUGAUGGGUAUCUUUAAGAGCAGCUUAUUCCAAGCUUUGCUAGAUAUUCAAGAAUUUUAUGAGGUAACACUGCUAAAUUCUCAAAAAAGUUGUGAGCAGAAGAUAGAAGAAGCCAAUCAAAUUGCACAGAAAUGGGAGAAGUCAUCCCUUCUUGCUUCAUGCCAUGACAACCUUCAAAAGUCUGCAGAGCAAAACCAAGGCAAGUGCCCAGCCCAGAAUUGUUCGGUGGAAGGUCCUGCUUGGAUGCCUGUUCACCACUGUACUAAGUAUCGCUAUCAAGAUGAGGAUGCCCCACAUGAUCAUUCCUUACCUCGACUGACCCACGAAGUAAGAGGCCCUGAACUGGUGCACGUGUCAGAAAAGAACCUGUCUCAGAUAGAAAAUGUCCAUGGAUACGUCCUGCAGUCUCACAUCUCUCCUCUGAAGGCCAGCCCUGCUCCUAUAAUUGUCAACACAGACACUUUGGACACGAUUCCUUAUGUCAAUGGGACAGAAAUUGAAUAUGAGUUUGAAGAAAUUACAUUGGAGAGGGGAAAUUCUGGCCUGGGAUUCAGUAUUGCUGGAGGGACAGAUAAUCCCCACAUUGGAGAUGACCCUGGCAUAUUUAUUACGAAGAUUAUACCGGGAGGUGCUGCAGCAGAGGAUGGCAGACUCAGGGUCAAUGAUUGUAUCUUACGGGUGAAUGAGGUGGAUGUGUCAGAGGUUUCCCACAGUAAAGCGGUGGAAGCGCUCAAAGAAGCAGGGUCUAUCGUUCGGCUGUACGUGCGUAGAAGACGACCCAUUUUGGAGACUGUUGUGGAAAUCAAACUGUUCAAAGGGCCUAAAGGUUUAGGCUUCAGCAUUGCAGGAGGUGUGGGAAACCAGCACAUUCCUGGAGACAAUAGCAUUUAUGUCACUAAAAUUAUCGACGGAGGAGCUGCACAGAAAGAUGGAAGGUUGCAAGUAGGAGACAGACUGCUAAUGGUAAACAACUACAGUUUAGAAGAAGUAACACAUGAGGAGGCGGUAGCAAUAUUGAAGAACACAUCAGAUGUAGUUUAUCUAAAAGUUGGCAAACCCACCACCAUUUAUAUGACUGAUCCUUAUGGUCCACCUGAUAUUACGCACUCUUAUUCUCCACCGAUGGAAAACCAUCUUCUCUCUGGCAACAAUGGCACUUUAGAAUAUAAAACCUCCCUGCCGCCCAUCUCUCCAGGAAGGUACUCACCAAUUCCAAAGCACAUGCUUGUUGAAGACGAUUAUACCAGGCCUCCGGAACCCGUUUACAGCACUGUGAACAAACUGUGUGAUAAGCCUGCUUCUCCCAGGCACUAUUCCCCUGUUGAGUGUGACAAAAGCUUCCUUCUCUCAGCUCCCUACCCCCACUACCACCUAGGCCUGCUCCCCGACUCUGAGAUGAUCAGUCAUUCCCAACACAGCACUGCAACCCGCCAGCCUUCAGUGACUCUCCAACGGGCCAUCUCCCUGGAAGGGGAGCCCCGCAAGGUGGUCCUGCAUAAAGGCUCCACUGGCCUGGGCUUCAACAUCGUGGGCGGAGAAGACGGAGAAGGUAUUUUUGUCUCCUUCAUUCUGGCUGGUGGACCAGCAGACCUGAGCGGGGAGCUCCAGAGAGGAGACCAGAUCCUAUCUUAUCUUAGCUCCUCAACCAGGAAUCAAAUCCGUGCCCCCCUGCAGCAGAAGCACAGAGCCCUAACCACUGGACCACCGGCCACUACCAUCAUCUUCCUCAUUAUCAUCAUCAUCACCCUCACUUGGGCUUCCCUGGUGGCUCAGACGGUGAACGGCAUUGACCUUCGUGGAGCAUCGCAUGAACAGGCUGCUGCGGCACUAAAGGGGGCUGGACAGACGGUGACGAUUAUAGCACAAUAUCAACCCGAAGAUUACGCUCGAUUUGAGGCCAAAAUCCAUGACCUACGAGAGCAGAUGAUGAACCACAGCAUGAGCUCCGGGUCCGGGUCCCUGCGAACCAAUCAGAAGCGUUCCCUCUAUGUCAGAGCCAUGUUUGACUAUGACAAAAGCAAGGACAGUGGGCUGCCAAGUCAAGGACUUAGUUUUAAAUACGGAGAUAUUCUCCACGUUAUCAACGCCUCUGAUGACGAGUGGUGGCAAGCCAGGAGGGUCACGCUGGAGGGCGACAGUGAGGAGAUGGGGGUCAUCCCCAGCAAGCGGAGGGUGGAAAGAAAGGAACGUGCCCGAUUGAAGACAGUGAAGUUUAAUGCAAAACCUGGAGUGAUUGAUUCAAAAGGGUCAUUCAAUGACAAGCGUAAAAAGAGCUUCAUCUUUUCACGAAAAUUCCCAUUCUACAAGAACAAGGAGCAGAGUGAGCAGGAAACCAGUGAUCCUGAACGAGGGCAAGAAGAUUUCAUUCUUUCCUAUGAGCCUGUCACAAGGCAGGAAAUAAACUAUACCCGACCAGUGAUUAUUCUGGGCCCCAUGAAGGAUCGGAUCAAUGAUGACUUGAUAUCUGAAUUUCCUGACAAAUUUGGCUCCUGUGUGCCUCAUACUACGAGGCCAAAGCGUGACUACGAGGUGGAUGGCAGAGACUAUCACUUUGUCAUUUCCAGAGAACAAAUGGAGAAAGACAUCCAAGAGCACAAGUUUAUAGAAGCCGGCCAGUACAAUGACAACUUAUAUGGAACCAGCGUGCAGUCUGUGAGAUUUGUAGCAGAAAGGGGCAAACACUGUAUACUUGACGUAUCAGGAAAUGCUAUCAAGCGGUUACAAGUGGCCCAGCUGUAUCCCAUUGCCAUCUUCAUUAAACCCAAGUCUCUGGAACCUCUGAUGGAGAUGAAUAAGCGUCUAACAGAGGAACAAGCCAAGAAAACCUAUGAUCGUGCAAUUAAGCUAGAACAAGAAUUUGGAGAAUAUUUUACAGCUAUCGUCCAAGGCGACACCCUAGAAGAUAUCUAUAACCAAUGCAAGCUUGUUAUUGAAGAGCAGUCUGGGCCUUUCAUCUGGAUCCCCUCAAAGGAGAAGUUAUAAAUUAGCUACUGCACCUCCAGCAAUGACAGAAGAGCAUUUAGAAGAACAAAAUAUAUAUAAUAUACUACUUGGAGGCUUUUAUGUUUUUGUUGCAUUUAUGUUUUUGCAGUCAAUGUGAAUUCUUAUGAAUGUACAACACAAACUGUGUGAAGCCAUGAAGGAAAAGGAGGGGCCGAAGUGUGGGACAGAAAAGACAUUGCAGUAUGCGGGGGAGGCUUUGGUUUGCUCAGAGUGCCAGGUGUAGGGACGAACCUCUGAUGGGCUUCGUGCCCAAGAGAUGGGCAGCCUCCUCACCCAGCAGAUGUCCAGAGCUGACUUAGCUGCUGAGCUCCCUGUGUUUUUUGCUUUAAAGAAAAGUUGCCAGCACUUUAACUUCACCAACCUUCCCAUUACCCACAUCUAUAAUUGAUACACUUCAAAUUUUAGAACUAUGCACAUCCUUUGAUUUCUUUACAAGCAAAAGAAAGAAUGAGGGAGGGGAAGGAAAGGAGUCCCUUUGAAGACGGCAUAACAUUACUAUCAGGGAAGGAUGAGUGUGUAGUUUCUUUGCCUGGCAUCUACAAAGAUGAGCAUUUCAUAAAAUUCACAAGUAUGUGGAGGACUGACCUCACUGGGAGGAGGGGAUUCCACCUGGGGUUAGCUUUAUGAUUGUUUAUUGUCUAUUUUGCCAUUUAUAAACUGAAAGAAGGCACUAAAGAUGAGAAUAAUUUAUACAAUAAAAAUAUAUUAAAUGUAUAGAA